AUGCCAUCAGAUCUUGAUAAACAUAUCGAAUAAUUAAAGAGGUGCGAGUGCAUCAAGGAGUCAGAAGUAAGAGAACUUUGUAACAAGGCCAGAGAUAUUCUCAUGGAGGAGUCUAAUAUUUAGAACAUAUUCUCUCCAAUCACAAUCUGUGGAGAUAUUCAUGGGCAAUUUUAUGAUAUGAUGGAAUUAUUCAAAGUAGGAGGAGAUUGCCCUAAGACCAACUAUCUCUUUAUGGGUGAUUUUGUUGAUCGUGGCUUUUACUCUGUCAGAUACCCAGACAGAAUUUCUCUUAUAAGAGGUAACCAUGAAAGUAGAUAGAUAACCUAGGUUUAUGGGUUCUAUGAUGAAUGCCUGAGGAAAUACGGCUCAGUCAAUGUCUGGCGUUACUGCACCGAGAUCUUUGAUUACUUACCUCUAGCAGCAAUAAUAGAUGAGAAAAUAUUCUGUGUGCAUGGAGGACUCUCCCCAUCAAUCUAGACUCUUGAUGAAAUUAAGGUAAUUGACAGAAAAUAAGAAGUUCCUCACGAUGGAGCAAUGUGCGACCUCAUGUGGUCUGAUCCAGAUGACAUUAGUGGCUGGAGUAUGAGUCCAAGAGGUGCAGGAUUUUUAUUCGGAGGAGACAUCGUGGAAUAAUUUAAUAGAACAAAUAAUGUUGAACUGAUUGCAAGGGCUCAUUAGCUAGUAAUGGAGGGAUAUAAAGAAAUGUUUGAUAAAACGCUUGUCACAGUAUGGUCAGCUCCAAACUACUGCUACAGAUGCGGAAAUGUAGCUGCAAUCUUAGAAUUCGAUGAAAAUCUUAAUAAAAACUAUAAAAUUUUCGAAGCUGCACCACAGGAAGCUAGAGGAUGUGAGAAAUAAAUGUUUAUUGCAAAAAAUGAGAUUGAUGCUAGAUAGAUAAAUGACUCAGUUGAUCUUCUCAUGCAAAAAUCUAUUGUCUCAGAUUUAGAUGGAAUCUUUAUUCAGAUGGACUCUAAAGGAUAUUUCAACAAAGGGUAAAUCCAUAUUAAGGCUACGUUGGAAUCCGAUUCAUUCAAAAGUGUCCUACUUGAAAUAUCUGAGAGGGAUACAAUUGCAAUCUUGAAAAAGAAGAUAGGCGAAAUUAUGGAGUCUAAUUUUGAUCUUUACAGAAAUUUAAAUGGUCUUUUAGCAACGAAAAUAGUCAAGAAAUCUAAUAAUACGUUACUUUUAGAUGAAGAGGUUGUUGAGUCAGUUCUAGAGGAUGGUGAGGAAGUCUUUUUCGAACUCCAAAGUAAAGAUCUCUGGCUGAAAGUCGUAUUUAAUAUGCUCAACUAGCAAGAUCUGAUAAUCUAUGGAUCUACUGAAUUUAGACUAGAAAAGACAGAGACACUUGUCAAUCUUAAGAAAAAACUCCAGAAAUUCAGCAUUAAUCUGUGGUCUAAAAUGCUCAAAGGAGAUGGUAGUUUGUAUGUUAUUGAUUCAUUCGACUUGAAAGCGGGAGAAGAUGACAUUGCCAAUCAUUAAAAGCUGAAUCAAGAAAUCAUCUAAGCUUAAGUCAAUCAUGCAAUAUCAUAAGGACCAAAGGAUAAUUAAAAGUCUCAUGAUAGAAAGUAAGAAGGAAGUCCCUAACCUAAAAGAAGGAGACUGCUUGAUUUAAGAGCUUUGAGUAAAUAAUAAGAUUGCUAAAUUGGAGAGCUGUUCGGAUAUAAGAGCCGUUUAUUUAUGAAACUUACAUUUAAACCUAUCUUUAAAAGCUACUAUCACAGGAAAAUACCACUUAUAGCGAAUACCAAUGUUUCAGAAGAUUCUAUAAACAGCGAUUUUUAGCCUUUAAAAAUGAAAUCUUCACAUAACACGAUGAGAGCAUAAAAUCAGAGAUCAAGCAUGACGUACCUAUUGCCCAAUAACAAUAACUUAAUGGUCCCUACAACAAAAACAUCAAAUAGAUUGUCAGGUGCCAAAAAGGAAUAAUAAAAUAACAGUGGGGGUAUAAUCUAACUUACCCAUCUCAAAUCAGUAAGCAUCAUUGCUCCCUAGUAAUCGAAAAGCAGAGCUUAGUCAGACAAUAACUAAUCAUAGUAUGCUGGGAACCCAAUAGAGUAUGCACUGAUAAAUCAUGUCACUUAUGGAAUUGUAUUUGUUAAUUCAAAACACUACCUCAAGGACCUAGUAGAACUUAUAGAAAAUAUUAGAAGUAAAAAUCCUCCACUUAGAAGAGCACCUACUCUAAUAAAUAUUAUGGAAUAAGGAAUAGAAUAGAGGAGGAUGCUUGGAACGAUGAAAUUAGAGGCACAACCUUCUAAAUUCAAAAGAAUGAAUAGCAAGUCACCCCGAAUAUCGCUAGGAAAGUUUACUUUUGGUCAGGGCAAAAAGACUGCUAUCUUUAACAUUAUGAGGAAUUCAAGUAGUGGGCAUUAUUCAAAGACACCAAAGAUUUCGCGCUAGAAAAGAAAAUACUCGAGCGUGGAGUCCUCAGUCUCUUCAAACUCAGGAGAGGAAGAAGACGAUGACGACGAUGAUGACGAUGAUGAUGAUGAUGAUGAGCUUGAGAUUGAUGCAGACUUGGAAGAAGAUGGUUAGAACAUUUUCAAUGUAAAUAUGAGUCAAGAAUUCAUGAAGUUCAUGGAUGAUCCUAGUAUCAAAGAAGGUCAGUCAAAGCAAACUAUUUUGAAUACCAACAUUCACUUGGGAAUGAGUCUCAAGAUUCAGAGACACACAGAUCUAAUUAAUAUCAUCUCAGAAGAACAACAGCAAUUUGAUAAUGACUUUGAUAACUUCAAUGAGGACUUCAAAUCAAGCUAGCAUUUGCAGAGUGGUUUGCAGCUCAUUAGAGAUACUACUGAUAACAUUAAGCCAGAAGAAUUAAUCAAGAAUUUUGUGAUUACAUGGGAAGAGGCUUAUCAGUUGAAAGUGCCUCGAAUUAGGAAAACUAAUGUGAAGUCAAACAUUAAGGAUCUAGUUGACGAUCAUGUCUAGGAUAAUGACCCUGAGUUAGGCAACUUCAAUGAAAUGUCUUACAUCUUCGAAGAUGAUUUCAACAAUCCUUAGAAGUUCGAAAUUGAGCCCGAAUAUGUCUAAAAAGUUUAAAGAAGAAAGAGAAAAAUCCUGUUCUGCUUAUCUUUGACUUCGUUGAUAAUAAUGCUGAUAGUUGCUAUUAUUCUAGUCAUAAUCUUUAUGAAUCCUUAUGGAAUAAGAGACAUGAUAGUUUAAUUUUUCGACUAUAUAAUCUUUGAAAUCCAUGAGUUCUUUAGAGAUAAGGACGAGCUCUAUGUUGAAGACUUUGAAGAUUAUGAAAACUAUACUACUAACGGCAACAGCACUAUGAUCUCUCAUGAAUUAGCUGAUUCGAUCGGCAAUUUUGUUUUACAGAUAUGA